GUAACUACUGCGGCUGAAUCAGCGCUGUUUCAGCGCUGAAUCGGCGACGAAAAGAAAAUAUUCUUAAGAAAAGACUGGUAAGUACUCCACCUGAAUGAGCACUGUUGCAGCGCUGAAUCAACCAAGAAAGAAAAGACUUUUGAGAUAGGAUUGGUAACUGCUGCGGCUGAAUCAGCCAAGAAAAAAUCUCCUGAAUGCGAGUACUUGAGGACGAGUUUGUCUGUAUCAGCGCUGAAACAGGGCUGAAUCAGUCGUUGAAAAGUAACUCAACUUCGAACACGGAUGAGAGCAUCGGUUUUCUGAUGGGAGCGUCUGUAAUAAUUUGAGGAUAUUAUUUUUUGCAACGAAAAAUUGUAAAAGAAUGAGUCUUUCCUGUUUCAGAUUGAUUUUUGCAUUAAAAAAUUCUAAUCAGUAUGAAGGAUUCUCAUCGUGAAAUUCCACAUCUGAAGGUGUUUUUGGUAUAACUUCAGUACAAAAUGAAUUAAUCGUGCUUAUAUGAAGAUUAAACUUGAAGUUGUUUUUAAAUUUAUUAUUAUAUUAAUAAAGUUUUUAACAUAUUGCUCGAUAUCGAUCAAAGAUUUUGUAAUUGUUUUAAUGUUAACAAGUGCAUUAAAUUCUAGCAACGAUUUAAGAACAAGAAACAGAUUAUUUAACAUUCUUUAUAGUAUACAAAAACCAGUGAUCUGUUUCUUAUUUAAUAAAACAUGGUGUUUUAUUUGGCCGUAUUAUUGUAUUCAUAUCUUGCAGCGAUAAAAAAUGUGCAGUUGUUAAACGAAAUUCUAUUACAAAACGUUUUGCUGAUUAUUUUGCGGCAUCAAGUUAUUAUAAUCUUCUUCUUGAUCCUAUUGAUGCUUUUUUUUGUUUUGGACAAACUAUCUGUUCAAUUCGAUAUAGUUGAUGUUGAAAAUUCAAUGGAUAUGUGUAUUGUUGUAGAAGAAGAGAACUCUCUAAUUGUUUCUCCGCUCUCAGUUUAUCAUGCACACGAUUGAAUGUGAAUAAAUGAAGGUUUUUAUCAACUUUAAUAUAUGUAAACGUUUUACUGCCUAGAUUUAUAACACAUUAUAAAAAUUCUAUCAUUUGAGUAUGUUGCCAAAAUAAUAUCGUAAUAGUAAUGCUUUGAAUGGAAGGAAUAUAUACAGAGGGAUAGGACUGUAUUCACUGAAAUUUAAAUGUUUCAUUACUUUUCGAUUUUCAUUCGUCAGUAAUUAGUAUCUUUUCGCAACUUGAAUGUCUUAAGUGGAUAUUUGUAUUAGAAAAUUCCUCGCAUUAUUACCAGUCCUUGUUUGAAUGUUUUAGAGCAUCAAAUAUUGAAAUGACAACACAGCGAGAAAAACGAGUUAGUUGACCCGCAAAAUAUUCUGGCCAAGUGAUAAUUUCACUCGUUGUACUCAUUAUUUGUUAUAUUUUCAUCCGACUGAUUCCUACGGGAUCGCUUUAUCUAGUAGUAUAAGCAACAUCACGAGUAAUACAGCAACAGUGAAUAUUCGAGGUAAAAAGAUCUUGGCUACUAGAAUUACUUCAGGUGACGGUUAAAAUCUAUUUGAGAUUCUUUUCAUGUGUAUAAUGCUGUUGUUUUAUCUUUUAGGAACAUUAGCUGUAUGUGAAAGUGAACAAAGAAAAGGAACUCGCGAAUCGCAACAAAGUUCUUGUGAUGGUCAAGAUGAUGAUUCACACGAUAGUGAAAGCGAAGGUAUUGAUUUGUCUCCAUGUUCUAAUCAUGAUCGUGCAAUCGCCACAUUUCCUUUACCAAAUCGUCAACGAAUAGCACUUACAACGAAUAAUGUUCGCUCGUUAUCAGAUCCUGACAGUCCAGGCUUAGUUACACAUAGUGAUAAUGAUGAUGAUGAAGAGGUUAAUCCACCACCUGAUCAAUAUUCUUCUUUAAUUAACUCAUCUUGUGUUGAUACUAAAUCGACGAUCAAUAAACGAAAACGAAAACAAACUCGAACACCAAGUAAUGCUUCUAAACGACAACGAAACGAUGAUGUUAAUAAUCACAGCAAAAAUAAUGCACAAGCCAAUGUGGUUGCUGAUCCAGUUAUAAUUCAAGAAUAUAAUACAAAAGGUAAGCAACAUCCUAGUUUUGUAUAA